GGGGGAGGUGAAAAUCGUUUUGCAUCGGGUUCGUUGUUACAAACAGGAAAUUCAGAGUAAAUGUGACAUCCGACAUUACAAGAAACGUCAAAAAUGGCGUCUCUAGAUGCUCCUCCAUCCUAUGAAGAAGCCAGGCAGGAGGUCCAGGGAAUCAAAGGUCUGGAUGCACAGCCCCCUAUGUACUCUGACCCUGAGAGUCAAAGGGCCCCACCCAUUGAGCCUCCCCCCUCCUAUGAGUCCAUCUAUGGCCGAGUGAAAGCUGCUCAGCAGGAGGCAGAAUCCAAGCCUCAGUUCUUUAAAAAGUUACUGACCAUCAUCAUGGGAACUUUGGGAUGCACAAUUUGCUUGGGAAUAAUACUUGCUGUCCCAGUAUCCAUGAUUGUUAUGGGAAGCCUGUAUUUCAAUGACUGCCCAGCUGAGUGGCGAAUUCCUCUGUACCUAAUCGUGGGUGGUUCUGUUGGUAUUAUCAAAAACUUCUCCAGUCUGUGUCAGAAAGUGAAAAAUGACAAAGACAAUGCAGAAGAUGAGAAUGUGAAAACCACAAAGUUUGACUCCUUGUUGAAUUGUUUCCUGUUAUCUUGGUUUAUUUUUGGAAAUGUCAUUAUAUACAGAACGUAUGGCCACUUCUCGCCUGACAAGACUGUGAGCCCCUACAACUACUGUGAUCAGACCCUGUUUGACUACGCCUUCUGGCUGACUACCUCCUUCUACAUACUGCUUGGGACCUCCUGCUGCUGUAUCUGCUUCUGUGGCUGUCUGGCCAGCCUUUUAGGGGGAGAUAAAGCUACCUAGGGGGGGGGAUAAAUCUUCCUGAGCAGGGGAAAUAACUCGGGCUGAUUUGACUGUAUUAGACAAAUUUGUUGUACAAAUUUGUUGUUAUUUUAUACAUAAUGGUAUUUUGGUAAAAAUAGGUUUUGUCGAAUGUUGUUGAUGGUCUUUCUUUUCUUGCAUGUAUUCUUCUUUCUAUUGUUCACUUUUGUACCAGUGUUUAUAAUAAUAGAAUCAGUAACUUGUUGUGAUAAGUUUAAAUUAAACAGAAUAAGAUAUUACUAUUUCUGGAUGAUAUUUUUACACUUUUAUACUCUAUUGUAUGUAGAACUGUAUGUGAUUUUCAGCAAAUAGGAAAAUGUACAAUAUAUCAUUAGGCCAUUGUUUCCAUUUGUUAUUAAAGCUUUAGUUAGUAUACCUCCAAAGUUAGUGAAACAAGUACCUGUGCAGUGUCUAAUAGCUAGUUUAUGAAAAAAAUACCUUCAGCAACUUUUGUUAUGUUUGCAACAAAAUGAGGUAAAUUGAUAGAAAAGUUAUUAAAUCUUCUUAAAUUAUUGACCAAGAAUAAAAACUAAAAGGAAUAUUUUUAUCAUCCGUUAAGAGUGGUGAUUUUUUGUGUUAAUUUUGUUGUCUCUAGUUGUAUUAUGUUUUUUUGAUUCAGAGAAAUAUUCAAAUCUUGCCUUUUUUUGUUUGGUUUAUUCAAAAAUGUGUGAUAAAAAUUGUAACAUUUUAUGCUAUACGUUCUGUUUGAUUACAGUGGAAGUGAAAAUCAUUGUUGACAAAGACAGCAUGUAUCAAUCAUAAUAAUUUAGCAAUUUUAUAUGUACAGUACCUAAAUAGUAUGUCAUUUUGCCAUUUUUAAAAACAAAUUUGUCCUGUUUUACAUAACUGAUCUUGUUAAGUCAUUGUUCUCCAGCAUUUCAUUAUUUAGUGGCACAGAGCACUUUUAUCGCAUGUUCAGAUGCCAAUUUACUCCAUUGUAAAAGCAAGUGUAGAGGUAUUUAAAAAUGUUUGAAAUUUAAUUUUUAUUAAAUGUUCAUCAAUAUUUCACAAACAGCCCAUGCAGUUUCUCAAUGAUUAGUCUAGUGAAAUUGUUUUUAAUGAUAAGCAUAGAGCUUUACCAUAGUGCAGAGAAAUUUUAUUGUAAGUUAUAAAAGAUAUUUUUCUUUAGGAACAAACAAUGUUUACUGUGGUACACAGUAAAAAUGAUACUCAUGGAAACCCAGAAAGUGAUAAAGAUUGAUUUAUUUCUGAAUCUCAGUAAAUCUUUGAAUUGGAUACUAUGUACGUAUGGUUCAUGGAAACAAAUUUUAUAUAUUUUUUUUUAUAAUGGUACAUUGAUUGUAAUGCAUACACACAUUCCUGUUUUUGAAUCAAUUGCUUUUGAAAAAUAUGGCAGGAAUUAUUACUGAAUUGAAUGAUGAAAUUUUACAAAUGCAAAAUGCUUUUGUCUAUUCAUUGCUCAUCAUCAAAAAGUCAAUAAAUCAAAAAUAAAUCAUGA